AUGGCCGGUUCACAACUAAAGAAUUUGAAGGCUGCCUUAAAGGCUCGCGGGCUUACAGGUCAAACAAAUGUCAGAGGCAAGAGUAAAAAGAAUCCGAAAAGACAAGCAAAGGAGUAUGACCGUGAAGAGAAGAAAAAGGCUAUUGCUGAAAUUAGAGAAGAAUUCAAUCCCUUUGAAGUAAAGGCUACUAGAAAUAAGAGGAGAGAUGGCCCGCCUUCUAAAAGCGCUGAUCGUAUUGCAGUGGGUAAGCCUGGUAUCUCCAAACAGAUAGGUGAAGAACAAAGAAAACGUGCGUUUGAGGCAAGAAAUAUGAUAAAAAAUAAGCGUGGUGGUGUGAUUGAUAAGAGAUUUGGUGAGAGAGACAAAUUACUGACCGAGGAGGAAAAAAUGUUGGAACGUUUCACCAGAGAGAGACAAAGUCAAUCUAAGAGAAAUGCAAAUUUAUUCAAUCUUGAAGAUGACGAAGAAAAUGAAGAUAUGUUUGGAGAUGAUCUUACACAUUUGGGACAAUCGUUAUCUUUGGAAGAUGAGUUAGGCAAUGAUGAAGAUGAUUUUUUAACUUCCAAACGAGUUCAUGAAAAUGAUGCUGGACAGCUCCAACCUCAAAGGAAAAAAACCAAAGCUGAGGUCAUGAAUGAGGUCAUUGCCAAAUCAAAGUUCUAUAAACAGGAAAGGCAAAAGGCUCAGGGGAUACUGGAAGGCCAAAUAGACGAUCUGGACGAUAAUUUCGAAGAUAUCAUGUCUGAAUUGAUGACGACGCAACCGAAGAAGAAUGCGAUGGAGCCUAAAACCGAUAUAGAUAAGGAAUAUGAUGUCAAAGUAAGGGAAUUACAACAGGACAGGAGAGCUGCCCCCACUGACAGAACAAAGACUGAAGAAGAGAAAAAUGCUGAAGCUGAAGAGAAAAAACGUGAGUUGGAGCAACAUCGUCUUGAUCGUAUGAAUGGGAUGAUUGAACUAGAGGAAGGAGAGGAAAAGGGCGUAGAAGACUUGGAUAAUGGAUUCUGGGAGAAUGAGGAUGACUAUGAGGAUGAGGAUGAUGGUAUUGCCAAUUCUGAUGACGAUAUCAACUUGGAAGAGAAGGAUCAGGAUACAAAGUUUUCUCAAGUCUUGAAGGAAAAGAACAUCUCCAUUUCAUGCCCUGAGACACAUGAUCUACUACUGAGACAAGUGCACAAGUUGAAUCUAGCUGACCAUCCCAGAAUCGUCAAAAAUAUCAUUAAAACAUAUCAACCAAAAUUGGCUGAAGGUAACAAGGAAAGACUGGGAAAAUUUACUGCAGUUUUGCUAAGACAUGUUAUUUUCCUAAGCAACCAAGAAUAUUCUAAAAACAUUCAAGUUUUUAAGGAUACUCAAAAUACGUUAAUCUCGAUUUUGAAGACCCUUUCAGAGAAAUAUAAUAAAGAGCUUUCUGAAGAAUGUAGAGAAUACAUAAAUGAAAUGCAGGCACGUUAUAAAAGAGACUAUUUCGAUGCUCUAUCAAAUGGUGAUUUGGUUUUCUUCUCCAUCGUUGGUACUUUAUUCUCCACCUCAGACCAAUAUCAUUUGGUAAUAACUCCCGCAUUGAUUUUGAUGAGUCAAUACUUAGAACAAAUCAAAUUUAAUUCAUUAAAGAGAAUUGCAUUUGGUGCAAUUUUGGUAAGAAUUAUUUUACAAUAUCAACGCAUCUCCAAAAGAUAUAUACCUGAAAUGGUCUACUUUUUCCAGAAAAUUUUACUCACUUUUAUUGUCAAAAAAAAAUAUCAAGAGAUACCAUUAGAUUUUGAGAAUAUCAGAUUGGAUUCCUACGAGCUGGGUCUUCCAAUGGAUGUUGACUUUUCUAAAAAAAGGUCAGCUAUUAUUCCAUUGCAUACCUUAUCAACAAUGAAUAAAGAACCGCAAUCAGUGGACCAAAUAAUUUCCUUAUUACUAAAUAUUAUGGAAUCACUAGAUGUAGCCAUCUCUACUGUGUGGAAAGAAUUGCCAGCCUUCGAAGAGAUUAUUUCACCUAUUCAGAAAUUAUUAAAUGCAUAUGUUUCAAGGUAUUCUCAUUUCGUAAAACCAAGUGGUAUUUUGAACAAAAUUGAGAAGCUUUUAAAAUUUACUGAACACAUUCCAUUAACUCUACAAAACCACAAGCCUGUUUCCAUACCUACACAUGCGCCUAAAUACGAAGAAAACUUCAAUCCUGAUAAAAAAUCUUAUGAUCCUGAUAGAACAAGAAGCGAAAUUAACAAGAUGAAGGCCCAAUUGAAAAAGGAACGCAAAUUCACUAUGAAAGAGAUUCGUAAAGAUGCUAGAUUCGAGGCUAGACAAAGAAUCGAAGAAAAGAACAAGGAAAGCAGUAAAUACCAUGCGAAGAUGGCUCAUAUUGUUAAUACUAUCAAUACCGAAGAAGGUGCCGAAAAGAACAAAUAUGAAAGGGAAAGAAAAUUACGUGGUGGAAAAAAGUAA